AUGCAUUUGAAGUCUCCCCUCAUGGUCGCCGCCGUCGGCACCGUUGCUGCCCAGAAAUCUUCCAUCAGCAUCUGCGACAAGUACACCACGGCCCUGUUCCACAACAAUACUGCCGAGAAUCAGCUCAAGUUGUUGACUGCCGUCGUCAAUACUGCAGUCAUUGGUAACUACAGCGAAACUCAGAAUGGCGUGGCCGUCCCGGGCAUCCUUGCUCCCGCCGUCGUCAAUGGGGAGAAGGUUGACCUCCUUCCAUACUUUAAUGGCUGUUUCGCUUCGACUAACCGUGGGAAUGGCGUGGGUCAAGCCAUCGACUUUCUUGAUGACGGCGGAGCUGCUCCUCUCGGGAUGGGCAAGCCAUCGAACGGCAUUGGUACACGUCAAUACCUCCUCUUGACCCAUCUGUACCAAUACUUUGGCAUGCUCCUGGACUGCUCUCAACAAGGCGGGCAAGGAUCAGCCUUCCCCAAAUACCAGGGGCUCUCUUCGAUGUACACUGUCCACAAGUACGUUUCCUCCACUCCUCCACUUGCAUCUGGAGAUGCUGACUUGAACAGGUUCAUGAAUCUCCACCCUGCUGAGGUCACCUACUUCAUCGAGCAGGUUGCCGCCGCCGCCAUAUCAUUCGGUGUUACCCCUGAAGACAUUGCCCCUGUUGGCUUGGCCUUGAACCGCUACUUCAACUACCGUUGCUUGCCCUCAGAAACAAUCAUUGAGACUCAAGGCGCACACUAUCAGAGCAUCUGCUCUGCCCAGGACUGUCCAACCGCGACUGUAGGCCCCGUCACUGAUCGUCCCAACUCUUCUUGCGCCGCCUACGCCAAUAUCGCUGACCCUGAUACUGAUGGCUCUGACGAUGCCAGCUGCGUUGCUGUUGGCCAUGGACCUGUUGUCGUCCCUGGCUCCCCUGGAUCUCAGACGGGACCAGCCCCUAGCAGCGAAGCAGCCAUGCCCAGCAAAACUAGUACUUCAGGCGCGGGAGAUUCUACUGGGUCCCCUGAAUCUGAUGGCGAACAAGAUGGAUCUGGACCUGGAUCCAACAACAAUGAUGGCGAAAAACCCAGUUCUGUGCCGGCAUCAAUUGAUGAUGCUGGUGGUCAAGCCGGGUCGGGCCCAGGUGUUGUUCAGAUGGCAUCUGCUUCCACUGUCCGUCUAGGCUUGGCCGCGAUGCUUGCUGGACUCUUUGCAUUUGGGUUCCUAUUUUAG